AAGGCUCUGUCCACAUGUUUGGACUUUGGAUGAAUUCAACGGACGAAGUUUCUGCGAAGGCUCUCUCCACAUUUUGUUUUAUUAAACCCCAAAUUCAUUGCAAAAGUCACCUAGUUGACUUUUCUCCACACGGCAAAUCCCCCUCCGCGUCCUCCGGAGGAACGCCGCCCUUUGGCCGCCGUCUCUAGGGUUUUGUCGUUCCGAUCCACCUUCACCCCUCGGGCCCUGAUAUUCAACCUUUAAUUCCGCGAUUAGCUCCGUUCUGCAAUUUCGAUGGUGCUUUAGCUUCGUAGAGCCCUCUCUCUCAUCUCUGAAAACCUGAAAAACUCUCUCCUUUUCGUUCUUUUGUUAACUCCGCCGCCAUGGCUAUCCGAUUCACGGUCAACUUCUCGGCGUCCGUUGCCUCCAACAUCGCCGCCGCUUCGACCUGCUCCUCGUCCGCCGCAUCGGGUAAGUGCGCCGUCUCACGAUUCCUGAAUGAGUGCGCGGCCCGAUCGCGAUUCGUCCAGCAUACCCCCUCUCAGAAGCCCGAGUCCGAUUACUCGGAUUUGUAUCAUUCGAAUUCCAGGCGAAAUCCUACCACGUCCUUAUGUUCGACGUUGGCCAGUGAAAUUCUCUGCGGGAGUAGCCAAUCACCCGUAGUUACAGGUUUAUUCUCCCUGAUGAAGCAGUCAAUGGGGGGUUCUUCCUCGAGCUCUACUGUUUUGGGAAUUUCUCCGAUCAAGGCUUCAACUUUGAUCCCAUUUUUGCCGAGUUCCAAGUGGUUACCUUGUAAUGAACCCACGAGCACGGAGAUAGAUAGAGGAGGAACUUCUGUUAGAAGAAGAAGCAGCACCACGGCAGAGGCCUUCAGCAGUACCACUGCUUCUACCACCGCCAGCACCACUGUCAGCAGCAACCAUAAAGUAAAAGUUAAGACUGCGAAUGCUAGUGUUGGUGGUGAUAAGAGUAAGGGUCCUAAGGCCUUUGCCAUGGCCAAGGAUGGUAGCAGUAGUAUCAGUGUGAAUGUUUUGCCGGAGAGUAUGGAUGGAAGUGGCAGUAACAGUUGGCUAAUGAAAUUGAUGAAUAUGCGUUUCAGCUCUGAAGAUGCUAAGGCUGCAUUAACUGCCUUUAGCGUCAGUGUCCUUUUUAAGUCGACUUUGGCUGAGCCGAGGUCCAUAUCCUCUGCUUCUAUGUACCCAACACUUGAUGUAGGCGAUCGAAUACUUGCUGAGAAGUAUAGCACAAAGCCUUAUACCAAGAAACGAAGGCAUGGAGCUGUGAUUUACUGUGGUAGAAGAGAGUUUUCAAAACAUUUCAAAUUUGUUCUGAAUGAGAUCCUAAGGAAGCCUUUUGGAAUUGUGACAUGUGAAAGAACCAAAACCAAAACCAAAACCAAGUACUUUGUACAUUUUAAGGUUUCUUAUAUAUUUAAGAAUCCUGAAGUUCUGGACAUUGUGAUUUUUAAGGCUCCACCAAUUCUUCAGAAAAUUGGUUAUAGUGCAUCGGAUGUAUUUAUCAAAAGAGUUGUAGCUAAAGCUGGUGACUAUGUAGAGGUUCGUGAUGGGAUGUUGUUCGUGAAUGGCAUUCCACAAGAUGAGGAGUUCAUCUUGGAACCGCUUGACUAUGAAAUUGGUCCAGUGCUUGUACCCGAGGGAUAUGUGUAUGUAUUGGGAGACAACCGAAAUAAAAGCUUUGAUUCUCAUAACUGGGGUCCAUUGCCGAUAAAAGACAUUGUUGGUAGAUCUGUGUUCCGUUAUUGGCCUCCUUCAAAGGUAUCCGACACUCUCGGCUACAUGCCUCCUUCAAAAUUAUCUGACAGUUUCGGCAACACGCUGCAGCGUAGAUCUACCUUGGCAUUUGCGUGAUACUAAGCCUCUUGUAGAAGUUGCUAUACAUAAUUUUUGUAUUGAUAUAUAACAAACCCAUGUUAACCAUGGGUGUAUUUUUUAAAACUGUGUUGCUCUUUUAUAUACUAAUGCGACUUUGUUGUCAUGUUACUACUUGGAAUAGCUUAUUGUAGUUUGUUCCGAGUACCAUAUAUGAUUAAAUUUCGAUUGGGUUCUCUCGUAGCGCUUUCUAACGCUUUUCCUUUUGUAUGAACUUUGAUAUGUAUACUGGAUUAAGAUCAACACAACAACAAACCGUUUUUUACCUUGAGCUCCAGUGAGCUUUAGUGACCGGCAAACAC